AUGCUCUCCCUCCGCUAUGGCCGACAAUUCCGACUCGCCCUUGCGACCGUCCCGCUUUUGCUAGUACUGCUCACACUGGCCCUAGAUCGACACCCGACCAUGGGCACCAACCUUGACACCUGCUAUAUCCGCCGCGAGUUGGAGAAGCCAGCCCCGACCUUCAUUCCCAUGCGUGAUGGCCCGUUGCACAACUACUCUGUCCUGGUCAUGUGGAUCUCCAUGUUCCUUCUGGCCCUGCUCCCCAACGGCCGUCUGAAAGCUGUUUACCUCCUCACUUACACAUCCAUCUGGUUUCACAUCACCUACAUUCUCCUCGCUGCCCUCAAGGCACCCCUUUACGAUUUUGCCUGUGCAGGCAGACAUCAAUUUUUCCCAAAUGGCAUCUCAGGGCAUUACUGCUACUUCAUAUUCGUCGCUCUCACCACGCCACGGUUUGCACGGACGAGACUGCGUCUAAACCCGAACACGUCACGCCUCUACCUGGCGCCAAUUGCCCUGUUGUUGACGCUGUUCACUGUCGGAGGCACGGCGACCUUGUACAGGACUUUCUUCCAUGGAUACCAUUCGCCGCGACAAAUUGCCCUAGGAGCGGCCCUUGGGAUUUUCUCACAUAGCGUGUUAGACUUUUUCCAGUUCGAAGAUGAUGCGGAGCCUCCGAUAACAGUGUCGCUCUCUGUCUUGUUUGCGAGUUCGUUGAAUGCUCUUACAUCUUAUUACUUUUUGUGGCCGCACGUCAUAGCCGGUGCAGCUAUCACGGCAGGGCACCUCCGGUUUCAUGCGGCUCUGUGGCUGGUCUUGCUCGCCGCAGCAUACUUGCGUCAGUCAGCAGACAGAAAAGUCGCAACAGACUAAGCUUGCUUCCUUUCUUGCAAGAGUUUGGAAGAGGAAUUCCAAGACGGCGGGCGAAACAGGAGCGACGCGUGUGCUUCUUUACAUAAAAAAAAGUAAGAUGGAUCAUACCAGAUCAAGGCUCCAGACGAGAAACUAUGACGUAUUUUCCUGAGCUCCACAUGCAAUCACCAAAUCUGUCAACGAGCCACCAUCGCUCUGUGAGAUUUCAAGCGUUUUCUCGUUGGCUAGAUGCAGGAGACAUAUAAACACAUACGGCAAAGACACGUCAGGGAGAGAAGACUCUGGGACGAAUGACGGUAACUCCUGCACCACCUCCCGCAAGGUUUGAGUCCUGCCUUCACGAAUGUCGAGCACAUUCUCUUCUGGGUCAGUCUCGGUAUGUGCGUCAGAGAGCCGCUGGCCCUCGGGCUCGCCGCAAAGCCUCGACCACAUCCCAGUUUUAAGCUGCCGCACGUCGACCUUCUUUGCCACUUUUGCAUAGCCGAUGUCGAUUUUUUCGACUCGUGUCGGCUCUGGAAUGAGUUCAAUACUGCUCGCGUUAGCGUUGUCGGGUUCAAUCAUUUCCUCGUUUGUAAAGUCAUUGGCGUUGCCUGGACAGAAAUUGUCAUUGUCGCAGUCAUUGUCAAAGUCAUACCAACUGUUCUGCGCGUCUCCGCUUUCCGUUGGUUCAAUGCUUGCGGCCCUGGCCUUGGUGUCUUUCGGACGCACAAACGUACGCGGUUUGAGGAAAAGUGAGGUUAACGAACGGACUGUGAAGUGCAGGUCUUCCGGCAAAGUCACCUUCUUUUCUGACAAAGCAUCUUGGACGGUUUGGGAGAGGUGGUAGGAAUCUGCUUUCUUGCCCUGCGCAAACUCUUUCUUGAAGUUGAUUUUUGGUGCCUCUUGUGAAAAGUCAAGCAGGAUCGCAUUUCUUCCCCUCGGGCGCUUUGCCUUUUUCCUCGAUGCAUCCACUUCUGUCGAUCCGGAUGUAGGCGCCUGAGCUGCUCGGAAUCGCCAAUGCUGUGGGCCAGCCCAGCCUGAGAUGGAGGACGUGUCGAAAAACGAGUAGUCAGAGUUUUGAGAGAGCGCAACGAGGCCUGCUUCCACGAGAUCCAGACUCGCACGGCGAGUGGAAAGGAAAGACACGUUGGACUCUAUAGAAUGGCGAGCGGGAGCAUCCGCGGCUCCAAAGAACACGUCAUCAUCAUCUUCCACCCCCUGGAAGGUCGACUCAGCCGGCCCUUCAUUGCUUGCAAACACGCCCAUAGCUUCUGCAUUUUGCAAGUCACCAUUCGUGUAAUCAAACUCCACAGGCGAAUCACUCAGCUCAUCGCUGAACAUCGCCGUGGACGCCUCACUGUCGACGGCUGUCGACUCUGAUGAGGCAGCACCUGAGCGAUCAAACAGGGCUUUCCGGGCUCGGUAAAAGCGCAAAAAGGACCCACAGAUGACCUCCAAGUCAGACGGAGCUUGAUUCGGGAGCAGGUUAGCGACGUCAUACACUUGAGCCUCCGGACCAGCCUCUUCUCCUUCUAGCGAUUCCGGUUCGUCGGUGUCCAGAACCAAAGUAUCCGCAAGCUCGCCACUAUCAAAAAUGACUUGCCCCUUCGGCCCAAUCGG